AUGUCUGAAACAGAAGGUAUUUCUGAUUCGUCAUGGGAAAUGUGGAAUUCUAAGUCUGGAGAAGACGAUUAUCGUGUCACAGAUAAAGUUAUCUGGGACGAAAAUCACGAAAUCUCUGUCAAAAUUUUAGCUCCUCUCGGACGUGGAAUAAGUGGUUCAGUUUUUGCUGUUCAAGUCGUUGAAUGCGAGAAACAACCAACAAUCGUCAGCACAAUGCUUUGCUUGAAAAUUUUUAAGACAAAUAGUGUUGCAAUUUCACAAGCUGAAAACGAAAUUUUGAUAUUACCAUUAACUCAUCGAAACUUUAAUACUGGACGAUUUUCUGUUUUCCCAUCAUAUUUAACAUCUUUCAAAAUUGAUGGACAUUUAGGCUUCUUAAUGGAGUUGGGUGGUCCGUCAUUGUUCCAUGGCUUAAGUAUGAGGAAAAACAAAGGUUUUCCUCUUUCAGCAGUCAGAACAAUCUUAAUUCAGAUUCUUAAAGGAUUAGCAGAGAUGGAAAACAAAGGUCUUGUUCACGGUGAUAUCAAGCCUGAAAAUAUAAUCUUUUCUCUACGUAAAGCAGGUAACCUAACCUCAUUCGAAGCAUAUAAAAAUGCAAUUUCGAAUCUUUCGUUUUCAAUCAUGCGCGAUGAGUUCGAAAAUCAAGAUGUUUUGAAUAUAUCUUUGAUAGAUUGGAGCUCAUCUUCAAUGGGAUACAACCAAAACGCACAAUACAUGCAAUCCAGAUAUUAUCGAGCGCCAGAGAUACUAAUGCGAUCAUCUUACGGGCCCGGAGUAGAUAUAUGGUCCACGGCAUGCGUUGCUGUCGAACUAUUUAUCGGAAAACCCCUUUUUCCGGGCGCAGAUGAACUUGAUAUGAUUAGAAUCAUCCAGCAACGGCUUGGAAUCUUCCCCCAUUCAGUAAUACGCAAGAUGGGCAGUGAUUCAAUCGCCGCAUCAACAGAUGAAUGGAUGAUUGACCCAAAAAACUACUUACCAGGUAAUUUCGAAGCAUUUAUAUGCGAAGAGUCCCGUAGACAGGACAAUGAAGUCCUUCUUUUCAUUAAUUUGAUGAGAUUGAUGCUUCAAUUAAACCCAGAUGCAAGAGCAUCGGCAUCAUCUGCUCUUUCUCAUCCAUUUAUAACCGGAAACAUGAAGCAAAACAAAAGAAUAAGGAGAGAUUCUGCUUUUGACAACAGAAAACUUCCUUUGAUAGAAAUCCAAAAUGCAAGGAGAUGCUCCAUAAAAGGAAACUCUCUAUUUAAUUGA